AUGGCCGUCCUCCGGGUCGUCAUGAUGACCUCUGGGCUGGAAGUGCUCGUCCUGUCUGCACAGGAGCUCGAGGACAUGGCUGCGUUUGGCAACGGCUUGGGGAGAGUUCUGAAGCAGCACUUGGAGACACUGAUGGGGCUUCCGCGGUUCCGGCAGCGCCUGCUGCUCAACGGACAGCUGCUCAGUGACGACACGCCACUGGACUUGCUCGACCUGCCGGUUGUCUUGCAUUUGGUGCUGCUGUCACUCUGCGCACCGGGGAUUCAGGAGCUACAAUCCUUCUCUGCGGCCAUCUCCCAGGACGACGAGGUGUCGGUGGAUUCCUUCCUGCAGCAACCGAUGGACCCAGAUGUCGAAGUGGAGGGCGGCUUGCCCUGCCUGUCCUUAGCCGCCAAGAAUGGCAGCUUGCGCUCAGCCAAGCUGCUGUUGGAGGCCAAGGCGGACAUGGGGAAGCCGGGCGGCCGGAGUCGGCGGACGCCUCUGCACUGGGCAUGCGCACGGGACCGGGUAGAAGUUGCGCGCUGGCUGUUGCAGUCUGGGGCAGAUUUGCACACCACUGAAGCAAACGGUGAUCUGCCUUUCCACUUAGCAUGCGCCCGGGGGCAUGUACAAGUUGCACGCAUGUGCAUUUUGGAUAGAGUCGAUGUCAACGCAGUGGGAUCGAAUGGUCUGGCACCUCUGCAUGUGGCAUGCCGUCUGGGCCAUGCCGAAGUGGCUCGCUUGCUGUGCGAUGCCGGUGCGGAUACCAACAAUGUCUCAGCAAACCUACACUACACUACACCACUGAUCGCAGCAUGCAGGCGAGGAUACCUGGACAUUGUUCGGCUGUUGGUGCAGCAUCGGGCCAAUGUGGACAUGCCGAGUGAGAAGAACAACAUGGCCUUGCUGUGUGCCUGUGCGAAUGAACGCCUCGAUGUUGCCCGGUUCUUGCUUGAGGCCGGUGCGGAUGGGGUCGGCGCCUUGCGCUUGGCAUGCUCCGCAGGCUCCACACACAUUGUGCAGCUGCUGAUGGGGCUGGGCGUGUGCCGGCUCGACUGCGAUGCCAGCAGCAGAGUCCCAUUGCACCUAGAUGGCACCCGCAGCCACAUCAAGACUGUUCGCUUGCUGCUGAGUAUGGCGUGCUUGGAAGGUCGAGCCGACACUGUGCGGUUCUUGCUGCGGCAUGGAACAAGUCCAGACCACGUCGCUGAUCACUGCGCAACACCCCUGCUUAUUGCCUGCUUGAAAGGGCACGCAGACAUUGUGCAAGUGCUGGUGGACAAUGGCAUGAGCAUCAACCAUGCCUUCACACCACAUCAGACCACGCCAUUGCACAUAGCAUGCCAGCAUGGGCACCUGGAAGUUGUGAAGCAGCUCGUCCAAGGCAGGGCCCAAGUGGACGCGCAAGCCAACGGCCACACGCCGCUGGACAUAGCCAAUGCCUCAGGCCACGGCGGCAUCGCAGCUCUUCUCACCGAGGGAGGGCCCAAGCGAAGACGUCGGACGAAGGGACCUCCUUGA